GGCUAAUUAUCGGCCAGGCAGAUCUCGAACUCCUGACCUCAUCAUCAGCCCGCCUCAGCCUCUUAAAAAGAGCUGGGAUUACAGGCAUGAGCCACUGCUCCUGGCCAGGAAAACCUUUUUUCAAACAGUGUUUUCCUUAGCUGUCAUGCCACAACAGUCACCAACACAGGAGACUUCUGUCACCAAAUAUUUGGAGAAUUUUUCCCACGCGGCAAGCAGUGAAGAGCAGCUGGGUGUCCUCAAGUUCAGUUCCAAUGUAAUCAACCAGAGACGGCGUCAGAUACCACAGGUCUCACCAUGGCCCGCACCGUGGUGCUCAUCACCGGCUGCUCCUCGGGCAUCGGCCUGCACUUGGCGGUACGUCUGGCUUCAGACCCAUCCCAGAGCUUCAAAGUAUAUGCCACAUUGAGGGACCUGAAAACACAGUGCCGGCUGUGGGAGGCGGCCCGGGCCCGGGGAUGCCCUCUGGGAUCCCUAGAGACGUUGCAGCUGGACGUAAGGGACUCAAAAUCCGUGGCCGCUGCCCGGGAACGCGUGACUGAGGGCCGUGUGGACGUGCUGGUGUGUAACGCAGGCCUGGGCCUACUGGGGCCGCUGGAGGCGGUGGGGGAGGACGCUGUGGCCUCUGUGCUGGACGUGAACGUGGUGGGGACGGUGCGGGUGCUGCAGGCCUUCCUGCCAGACAUGAAGCGGCGCGGUUCGGGACGCGUGUUGGUGACCGGGAGCGUGGGAGGAUUGAUGGGGCUACCCUUCAAUGACGUUUACUGCGCCAGCAAGUUCGCGCUCGAAGGCUUAUGCGAGAGUCUGGCAGUUCUGCUGCUGCCCUUUGGGGUCCACUUGAGCCUGAUCGAGUGCGGCCCAGUGCACACCGCCUUCAUGGAGAAGGUGUUGGGCAGCCCAGACGAGGUGCUGGACCGCACGGACAUCCACACCUUCCACCGCUUCUACCAAUACCUCGCCCACAGCAAGCAGGUCUUUCGCGAGGCGGCGCAGAACCCUGAAGAGGUGACGGAGGUCUUCCUCACCGCUUUACGCGCCCCGAAGCCGACCCUGCGCUACUUCACCACCGAGCGCUUCUUGCCCUUGCUGCGGAUGCGCCUGGACGACCCCAGCGGCUCCAACUACGUGGCCGCCAUGCACCGGCACGUGUUCGGCGACGAUCCGGCAGAGGCCGAGGCUGGGGCCGGGCCUGGGGCCGGGGCCGGGCCCAGUGAGGUGGGGGACCCUGAGCUCGGCGAUCCUCCAGCCGCCCCGCAGUAAAGGCUUCCUCAGCCGCUGUCUCCCUCGCCCUUCUUUGUCCUCUGGGUCUGUGUGGUCCCUGGGGACGGGGCGGCGGUGGUGGUGGCGGCGGCUGUGGGUGGCUAAGAUAGAUCGCGUUAGCCAGUUUUACCAGCGCAGCUAGGCGCAAUGGCUGUCGCCUGUAAUACCAGCGCUUUGGGAGACGGAGACAGGAGGAUUGCUCAAGCCCUGGAGUUGGAGACCAGCCAGAGCAACAUAGUGAGACCCCUAUCUCUACAAAAAUAAAAAACUUAAAAAAUCA